UACCUCGGGUUUUGUUGAACUGCGGACAGACGUUUCCCAUUCAGAGCUUUGCCGCUGAGCAGAUGCCACGUCUUGCGCGAGUCAUAGGUCAGCGCUUCUUCCGACGGCCGACCGAAACGAUCAUAGAGGCGAAAACAAAACGGAAGGAUACAAAUGGAUUUGCUUAAAUAGAUUUUCUGGAUGACCCAAAAACCCACUUAAAAGAUGAGGAAACAAUUUGCACAUGGCUUCAUCUCUGAAGCUGCCAUUCGACUGCUUCUCCUUAUAGUUUUUCUCAUUACAGAGCAACUACCUCCAUUCAAUAGGGAAAUUCAGCCUGAAGAGCUCUGGCUGUAUAAGUACCAUCAUGUGGAGAUGGACCAUGUUCCCACCUUUCUCAUGUUUACCAUUGCCUGUAUCACCCCACUGAUAGUCAUAUUAUUAUUCAGCUGUUCUAAGAAGACCGAAAAGGGAGACAUCAGGGAAGCGUCUUUAGCUGUGACCCUGGCUCUAGUGCUGAACGGAGUGUGCACCAACACAGUGAAAUUAAUUGUGGGAAGACCGCGGCCGGACUUUUUCUACCGCUGCUUCCCAGACGGACAGAUGAACCCAGAGAUGCGCUGCAGUGGCGAUGCUGAAACUGUGAUGGAGGGCAGAAAAAGCUUCCCCAGUGGCCACUCUUCCUUUGCCUUUUCUGGCCUGGGUUUCACUGCCUUCUAUCUGGCAGGAAAGCUGCACUGUUUCAGCCCAGCAGGCCAGGGGAAAGCUUGGAGGCUGUGUGCCUUCCUGAUGCCCCUGUUAUUUGCAGUCAUGAUCGCCCUCUCCAGAACCUGUGACUAUAAGCACCACUGGCAAGAUGUGCUGGUUGGGUCUUUGAUAGGCUUGACGUUCUCCUACAUGUGCUACAGACAACAUUAUCCUGCACUGUCAGACAUUGAAAGCCACAGGCCCCUGCGGAACAGAGACACUGUAUCAGCUGUGCAGGAGAAGAAGCAGACAAGCUCGAGCUUCAUUCUGCCUUUAUAGGGAUCUGAACUGUCCUAAGAGAUGCAUUUUAAAACCAUCCCAAGACCCCUCCAUUUCCUUCACACCACAUUCUCCUUAUACCUCGCUGGAUUCUAGUUGUUUGAGGUGGCUGUGUUCUGUAAAUGCACGCAUCCAAGGUGAUAGAUUUGAAAUUCCAGACACUGUGUGCAACAGCUGGAACAGUAAUCUGGCAUUUCGUUACAGUACCUUGGUGAUUUAUUCCUAGAUCCUUUAUCAACCUGUAUUGGCUGUUGAGUAUUUUGUCUUCUAUAGACCUGAGUAAAUAUGCAUGAAUGACAGUCAUGGAUUACUCUACAAGUGUUUUUGAUUAUUCUGGUAAUGCCGGCAAAAGUGACAACAUAAAAAACUGGAGGCAUUUCAUGUUCUUCUGUACUGUAAAAAUACAGUAAGAAAAUAUCUUUACUCUUUGCAUUUUAACAGAGAAUGUGGACAAUGUCCUCUAAAAUGUCUCUCAGAUGAUGCUGGUAAUCAUAAAAGCAGGGAGCCUUGACCACAAACUCUGCCUGCAGUUCCUCCAACUUCCUUGUAGCUUUGAUAUUGUGAGCAAACAGACUUGAUUUUUAGACUGUUAAAAGUGACAUCUUAUUAUAUCAUUUAGAAAUCUUAUUGGACCAUUUAUUCUGCUGCUUAAAUUGUAGGUUUUAGGUAAAUGUAACAGACUUAACUAUUGUACACCAUGACUACAAUACCAUGAGUGGUGCCGUGUCUAUGAUUAGUUAUGAACAUCAGGAGAGCACAGGAGUGGAAUAGGUAUAAAUGUAUUUUUUUGUGCCCAACAUGAUGGCUAAUGUAAUGUAAGGCCUUGAAUCGCAUAUCUUACUUUUUGCAUAGUGAAAAAAGUUUAGCAAAGACAAAGUGUUCCCAUGCUUUAUACACAUCUUGUAGCUGAAAAGUAGUCAACGGUGUAUGCAGUAUCUUCUAGCAUGUUAAUGUUUGUUUAUUAUCACCAGACAAACCUGACAAACCUGCUUUCAUUGUGGUCUUUACAAAGCGCGUGCAUAAAUGUUGUACAUAUCGUCUUUGUCUUUAGCUUGUAUUUCCAGCUGAGCUUUUUAUUUUGUAUAAUUUUCCCCUUUAUUGAACUAAUAACGUGAUAAAUAUUAAUGGUUUGUCUUAAGGUCUGGGGAAUAGUGACAUAUACUUAAGAUACCUCGCUAUCCAAUCUCUUUUACUACAGCUCACAAGAAAAUACUUUUUUAUAUCUAUGCAGUAAAUGUUUUGGUAUUUUGUAUAAAUGGAUUUUUUAGUGACUACAGGACUCUUUAAGUGGUAUUUAGGUUUUGAUAUUUUCUGGAUAAUACAGGGUAGCUUACAGUGAAGAGAGACCCGUGUUCUGAAGGGAGUGAACUGUAGCUGUCAGGGACUGAGCUUAUCAGUGUCGGGUUCAAGACUCAGUGUGUUUAGAAGGCUGAAGCUUUCUAGGCGGUCUUUCAGUGUUGAGGACUGUUGCUGUAUGAAUUCUGACUUGUUAAUUGGUCUCCUAUAUUUUACAUAAAAACAAAACUUGCGUUCUUGUAGGAUUACACAGUCCAUCACAUGCCUUGAAGCCAAAGAGACCAUGAAUAUUUUUUAAAUUGUGCUGUUUUGUCUUGCACUGCAUUUUUGUAAAAAUGAGGGCAAGAUAAAGUAAAUAAACAAAAAGGCACCAGUAUAAUUUUUAUGCUUGUCAGGAGUCUGCUUUCCUGCAGCAACCUUCAGAACUGAAACUACCUAUUUUUCUGGAUGAAAACAGCUUAUAAGAAUAAUACCUUCACUUGUUUUCUUAGGUUGAUGCUGAGUUUCUGUGCAAUGCUCAUGGUCCUAUUCAUACCUCUUAUCUCUUUCUCUAAACCGAAUGUGCUUGUCCAUUGUAAAAUUGGGAGAUUGCAAUCCAUAGCAUCUUAUAUUGGUUUCCUUUGCAAACAUUGCUGAGUGAUCUUAAAGAGUAUUCCCCCAGUUAAGAUGCUUAGAAGUGUUCUGCUCUUUGACCAGAUCUUCCAGAUUUGAGCAAGUUCCAGGGUCUGGUCUAUGUAUGUGGCUAUUGUAAUUCAGUGAGUGAGAGAUGAUGGAUUAGAAGUUGUGCAAUACUGGGUAAUUCCCUUUGCUAAUGCACAGCACUGUGUGUGGGUGCAAGCUGUUGAGAUUGUGAGAUAGCUAAUUUGGUUGCUUCCACCUCCAGCUUUAUCAGACAAGCAGAGAUUGUAAUCAUAGUGGUGGUACAAUGAAACUCCUCAUUUAGACAUUCCAUCUCAA